AAAAUCAGCAAAUAACCAUUUAGCGGUAAAAAAUCGACCGUAAUAUAAUUUCAUCGGACCGAAGUAAUUAAUUUCGCUCAAAAACUGUGUAAAAAAGAGUGUGAUAAUGAUAACAUCUGUCACUUUGUCACUUGUCAAAAUCCUAACCAAAGUUCAAGUUUCACUUAAAUGUGAUUAAACCGCUCAAUUGCUGGAGCAAUGCCCCAAAGCCCUCCACAAUGAGACUCUCCCUCGUUCGCCGCUUCACCACAACAGCCCCCCGGCCCGUCUUCGGCCGCCUCAAAUCCGAGGCCCCCAUCUACUGGGAGACCCUGAAAACCGUGAACCGCGAGGCCUUCCAGAAAAAAAUCCAAAGUCUCAACAACUGGUACACCCGCUUCCUGCACCUGGACGAAGUCAAGUUGUACCAAGACCGCGUGGUGGCCCUCCAGGAGCGCCUCCUGGAAGCGCAGGAAAAGCGCCGGGAAAUCGGGCGAAGCCUCGCCGACAUCCGCAAGCGCUCCAACCAGCUCCAGGACGAGAUCCACAAAGUGAAACGGCAGGAGAAUCUCGAGAGGUUUUUGACUUUGAUGAAGGAAGAGACGGAGGUUUUGAGGCAAGAAAGUGAGGUGAUGCGGUCGUUUCAGGAGUGCGAUCGCGCGGAAAGGGAGCUAUUUACGGCUUUUACGAACGCGGUGCGGGACUCGCACGAGAAGCAACGGGCGCAGGUGGAGUACACCAAAUAUUUCGGCAUUAUUUUGAGCAUCACUGGCUCGUUUCUGGCGUUUUGUUACACGACGUUGAGGAAAGACGACUUGAAACGGUUCAUUGAGGAGAGUAUGAGCCGGAAUUUGGUCGUGGAAGCGCCACAAAGUAGUAACAAUAACGAUUUAAUUAAUUUAGUCAAAAGUGAGACUGCGAGACUCAGUGAUAUAGUCAAUUUUAGGCAGAACGAAAUUAGUCGAAUGAUUGAGCGGGAAAACGAUGCGCAAAAAAAACAACUCUUGUAUUAUAUUGGGGCCAGUGCGUUACUCCUCAUAAUUUUUAAAGCAAUUAGUUGAUUAUUUAUUUGUACGAUACAAAAGUAGAUAAGUAAUAAAUUGUUACACAUUA